CGCGAACACUCAAAUUUUCACCACAGCAUCAGAGAUAUUUCUACUGUUGAAAACUUCAAGACAAACGGCCGUAACUGUUUCAAGUUCGAUGGUUCUAAUCUAAUACUACUCUUUACCAAGCAUUGGUGGUCAAACUGGGUACUAGCGAAUAAUCGCACGUUAUGUUCAGUUUAAACCGGAAGUAUCGAAAGACAGAAGAGCACCGGUGUGAGCUUUGUGGUGGAUUGUUCGGCCGAAACUACCUGCUGCGGUCGCACCAGCAGAAGAUUCACGGGGUAGUAUGUCAGCAGCAGGAUGAACGGAAGUCAAGACUGCCGCCCAGCGUGACAACACUGAUGAUUCCCGCCAUAAAAACACCGGCAAUGAUGGUGGCAAAAUCCCGAGGGGAGGUCCCGUUCGCCGUGCUACAUAUGAUCAACGAGAUUCCGCUUAUCGUUCGAGUGCUGGAGCAGGGCGAUUACAGUAUCCUGAAAGCGGCCGAAAGCAGUGACUUUCGUGAAUCACAGCCGGACGGACUCGAGCUGGAAGAAGCGCAAAGCGUUUCGAUAGCCGUGGUGGCGACGAUUUAUCAAAAAGAAACCUACGAUGGCCAGAAGUACUUUGCAAUAACGGGACCGGUUUCGUGCUACCAAACACAAGAGCCGAUCGCGAUGGCUGCACCGGAAGCAACGGAUGGAGAACAAGAAACAUUUAUGCAAGAGUCCCUGGGAAGUGCAAAUCUGUACAAAACGCUCACGCAAUUGAAUGCACCAGAGGUGGUUGUAUUGGGUAGAGAGGAAAUGCCCAGACGAAGCGAAGCUUUAGAGCUUCAGCCAUCAAAAACUGGCAACAAUCAACCGAAGCGCAAGUAUCAGCGUAAAAGUGCCUCUUUGCAGCCACCCAAGAAGGCACCAAGACAGCCGAAAGUAAUCACUGUUGUUGACGAUCUGCGUUGGUGGGACAAACAGAACAUCGCCCCUUCGGAGCCGUUUCGAUCACGGGCGGGUGUGAAAAAUUUUCAAGACAUUGCCACCGGCUCAUUGCUUUCCCCGGACCGCAAGUCACGACGAACAGUGACACCACCCAGCGAGAAGGUGGAGGAGCUUCUGUCGGAUCCAGUGCCGGAGGAACCCUUCACGGAUCUGAAUGUACUGGAUUUGAUUCAGGUAGAGGAAGGAAUGCUUCCGGAAAAUGUGGAUGUUGAAAUUUCACGGGAGGAAAUGUUUGAGUCUAUUGUUUAAUAUCAGAACAGACUUACCUUCAAAAGGUGUCGGCAGACUUUUUUUUAUUACGCCUAACUAGAUUCUCGAUGUCCAAUUACUGGCCUGUUCUUCGUUCAAAAACUAGAAUA